AUGAUACUAGAGAUUGUCAAUGUGACGAUAGAUGGCUCAACAUUGUCACCAUUGUCGGGUGUCCACGCAGAACUGACGUUCAAGCUGAACACGAGUCUUACUACAGUGUCCAUUCACAACAGUCUAUUGCGAGCCAGUGCUGUGGAAAUUUAUGCAUCUAACGUGUUGAUAGACGAAGCUUCUGCUGUGAACGUGACGGCCCGUGGGCUUAAGUUUGGACCAGGUUAUAACUCAUGGAGCUCUAUGGGCGGCAGCUAUGGAGGAACUGGUGGUGCUUCGCUUACAGGAAUGCACUCGCAAUGUGACGACGUGCCGCGUAAUGAUUUUUUUAAGGCAGUGGGUGAUGUGUCAGCUGAUUUGGCUAAUUUUCGAGCAUAUGGAAGUGGAGGAGGCAAUGAUGAGAGUCGUGGUGGAGGACGGAUCUAUGUCAUGGUUGAGGGAAGUGUGGAGAUCCACGGAUUGCUGUUAGCCAAUGGAGGAGAUGCAUGUAAGGAUUGUUAUGAUAGUGCGGGUGCGGGAGGAAGUAUUAUUGUUGUUGCUACGGAGCGCAUCUAUGGAAAUGCGACAGUGCAGGCGAAUGGUGGGGAGCCGAGUCAUUUCAAUGGUAACGACUUUACCGGUGGAGGUGGCGGAGGUGGAGGUGGACGCAUUGUGCUUGAUUCAAAGGAUGGAGAGGAAUUGGCACUUUCUCAGGUUGUAGCGUUUGGUGGUGGUUUGAGCACCGACAAUAAUGCAGCGAUAGGGUGGUGCCAGUUGGGAAGCGAUGGGACUAUAUUAAAAGUACACCAUUCCAAGAUGGAUGAUAAUUGGCGUAAGGAUGGCCGAGGUCUUUUGAAUAACAAUACUGUCGUUAGUACGUUGCUUGUGAAGGGUGGUCGGUUGGCACACUAUGGACCCGUGAAGCGCAUUCAGAUCUACGGAUGUACACCGAUUUUCCAGCAAACUGCCAGGGGUGCCCGAUUUCUGCCAGAGUCUCUUGUGCAUGUGUUUAUAAAUGGUGGAGCUACAGUAUGUGCAUCGGUGGUUGAGCUAAAGAACACCGUUGGAGGCAUUGAAAGUUCAAUUAUAGUUGACUCUGGGUCAGAACUCAAUAUUCUUGAUUACGAGCAAACAGUUCGAUUGUCGGCGUCACAAAUUACAAUUCAGGGUUACAUAGGGCCUUCAUCAUUACAAAAGCGUGACUUAUUUAGUCUGUCACUAGUUGGAGUCGACAUUUCGUUUUCCAAUGCUCUGGCCAUGGUGCAAGAACUUGAUGUUGACGCUCGUGGUGCGCUUUCCAUUGACAAAUUUUCUGAACUUAAAUUUCAAGCACAAGUGAAAAUCCAAACGGAAGCUUCAACCAAGAUUCACGGUUUCCUGCAGCCGUUAAGCAAGCCAUUUGGUCAAAUGCAUGGUAGCGUCGCAGACGGUUUCCCCCUUAAUAAGCGUGUUCAAGCCAAUGGCACAGCCUUUUUAAAUAUGCCGUUUGAUAAUCCGUUCCUGAAGCUGUUGGUUUCGGCUGUAAACGUAUCAAUCGACAACGUAAAUAGUGGUCCAGUGGCGGAAUGCAAUGCUAUCAAACUCCAAUCGGAUGCAUCCACUUGCGAAACUUUACGUGAGUCAAAUUUUGAUGACCAGCCAUACUUAAUCAGCAUUUUCGCGUCGAAUUUUGCUACACUAGGAAACGUCUCAGCGGGAUCGAUGAUUCUUUGUAGCAAAAAGAACAUGAUUGUCAAAGGAGCGAUUUCCAGCUCGCGACUUGGAUGUAGUUCUGGGUUCGGUCCUGGCAAGAGCGAUAUUUCUGGCGAAGCUAGCGGUGGAGCAGGCCACGGCGGAAGAGGUGGUAACGUUUUACCGGGAAGUGCUGGCGGUGGUGCUGUCUAUGACGUUUCUGAAGAGCUGCAAAUGCAGCAAACCGGAUCGCAGAUGUCGUAUUUCUUAGGAAAAGAGUGGCCAAUUUGGCCUGGUAGUGGUGCUACGAGUGGUGACACGCCAAACAAAAUUGUUGGAGGCAGCGGGGGUGGAGUGAUCUACAUUGGAUCAAAGAAGCUCCACAUCGGCAAAACAUCGGUCGUCUCAGCGCGGGGCGGGAUUGGUUCAAUGGGUGGCGGCGGUGGGUCUGGUGGAUCCAUGACACUCUUUGUCGCAGACAUCACUGGUGGAGGCGCCAUUGAUUUGGCUGGUGGAUCGACUUCAGCACCUGUAGUUUUUUCUGCCAACACCAUAUCUGAAAACCAGUCAGUUUGGGAUCCCAAUGUACUCUUUGGAGAUCUUAUCGACGCCGGAAACGUAGGGGGUGGAGGAGGUGGAGGAAUCAUACGCAUCACAUAUUUAGAUACUCCGGAUAAUUCGACUGACGGUAAUGGGGAGGCGUUUAUUAAAGACGGAGGUCGCAUCUCAGUUGACGGUGGUAAAAGCACAGGAGGUGAAAAUGGCGGUACAGGUGUUAUGGUCGGUGCUAAUUGUCGUCCAGGGCGUGGUAGUGUGUUUUGCUUGCCGUGCCCAGAAGGUAGUCAUAGCCCAGAUCGUUUUUCGAAGUGUACACCGUGUAAUCCAGGUACUUACUCUAGCCAUACUGGAUCUGAACAAUGCGAUGCAUGUCCAAUUGGUCAUUUCAACCAAGAUUUUGGAAAGAAAGAGUGCCAAUCUUGCCCGUUGGGGUCAUUUAGUCCAAAAAUGGGUCUGGAGAAGUGUGAGUUGUGCCCGCCUGGAUCUUUUGCAGGUUUCACUGGCAGCAGUACAUGCUCGUUCUGUCCUGUAGGUAGCAUUGCUACUUUGUCCGGUAGUAGCAAUUGCACAGUAUGUGGAAUUGGGCAGACCACAAACAAACCUGGUGCAACUGUAUGUGUCAACUGCAAGAACAGACCUGUCCACUCCGAGUUUAAUAUGCCAGGCAAUUGCUCAUAUGCUUGCUUUAAGGGACGAAAUGGGCUUGAUUGCUUGACCCCUUUCGAACGUUUGGUAAAACCUAUCGGUGGUCCGCUCUGUUUUCUGAUUCUCGUGUUUGCUCUCACUGUUCUUAUCUUUAGCGCCUGGGGAUUCAUUUCUUAUUGGAAUGCUAGGUCCGAGUUGCACCGUUAUGCCCAGUACAAAGCCCAAAGGUUGCGCGAUGAGCUGUCGCUCGAGACAGUGAUACGAACCUUAACCCCUCGGCUAACUGACCAAGAUCUUAAAGCUCAUGUUGCUCGCCUCUAUCUCACCGGAGACAACCAUCUAAAGAGUCCAUGGCGACUGAAUCCGUACUUUUUGCCAGUAAGCCUGCGUGACAUCGUCGAAGAAGGCACUUACGCUACUUUUGCUGUGACAUGCAACAAAUUGGUGGAAUGGGACCCUAAGAGCUGGGAAGCGUGGUUGUAUCGCUUUUUGAUUGUCACCAUACCUCCAGUAAGUACACUUUUCAUGCGACGCUGCCAGUUGCGUCGUGUUGUGAAGCUUACGAAGUACAUACGAGAUUAUGGCGGUCGCUUCUUUCGCGACAUAAACUUUCGAGUACAUGGCACGCAACUGAAAGUUGGCUUCAGCUCUGACUUUUCACUUGGAUACUUCGAUGUACUAAUUUCACAGUCAGGUUCGACUUCAUCGUUGAAUUUGAAUGCGAUGCAAGCUGCCAAUCAUGAGGAUCUGAUACUUGUGGUUGGUGGUAGUGGCUCCUUCUUUCGACCAUAUCAUCUCGAUUCGAACGACAUUAUUGUGCGAGCCGUGCCCUCGCGUCUGCAACUUCUGGAACACAAUUUUUGGAUUGAUUUUGUCGCCGAUGUUAAUCAGAAUCUGCGCGUAUUACCGCAGCCAACGUCGACUGUUCGCCGUGUACGUGAGGCAGCUGAAGUGGCUCGUGGCAUAAUCAAAUGUGUGGAAGCGUUCAACCGUAACCACGUAAACGAUGACUUUGCCGUGACAUUCGGGACAUUUUCGGUCGAUACUGCGAUAGCCGCAGAUGCAAAUGAGUGCUCCUUCGAGACCAUUUCGCUCGAUAACGUCGACAUGACUUUUGCAUCCUACCCGCAAAACCCAUUCAAAUUGGCAAUCCGAGUUUUUAGACUAAGUAUGCCAGAAUCAAUUCCCACAAAAACAGAUAAGUCCACCUUCAAUGAUCCAGAGCUGUCAUUACAACAUAAUGAUCAAGUAGUAGUGUCGGAGACAGAUCCUCGGUCAGCUACUUUCCGGUACUCACAGAUCAGAAUGGAAGCUUUGUCUGCGCAGCCUGAGCAUCAUUCACGAAGAAAUUACACAGACGACUCCAGUGAUGACAGCGACAGUCUGAUACCACACAAGAAGCCACACAACCGUAGCACGUUACGGCAAGCAAGAGCGCUGAUGGAGUUCUUGUGUACAAACGGCACUGCGAAACGAUGGCUGACGGCUCUUUGGCAGCCUGUGUAUCCUCUUUUUCGAUUGCGAAACUUGCCCCGUCCCGGUCUUCCGGUCCGCUGGUUGCUCUCCGUGCUGAUGGUGCUCCUUGUAAUCGCUGACAUGGGUAUUGCAUUUUGGAUCAUGGUGGAGUACUAUUGUGUUCAAAUUCGUGACCCCACUGCCCAAGAUGCUGGCUGUUCCCGGACAGCGCUAUGGUCAGUCAUUUGUAUCUUACCUGGAGCAAUUAUUGGCUCGCCGCUACUUGGACUGGUUUUCGUUACGAGAAAGAGCAUCUUUUGCGGCAAAUUGUUCGCACUAUGGAAUAUCAGCUCCAUUGUAAACCAAGUUGCAGCUUUCGCUACUGGUCUUGCUUUCCUGGCGUACAUUCACGAUGAAAUCCUGCUGGUGGCAGUGAGUGGCGUGCUUAUCAAAUACUUUGAAAAAGAAGUAGCCUUGCGUUGCAUUGCGCAAUACGCAAGUGAGCGACCUCUACGCGGUUGGCGAGGAUUGCAUACGACACGUGAUUGGUACGAUGCUGCCUACACGCCCUUAGUUCAUGACGAAAGCUGA